AUGUCCGCUCACUCCGAUGAAACCAAACCCGAAAGCGCAGAACUCAAAGAUAUAGAUUCAACGGUCGCAUGGAGUGACUGGAAACACGUUGGCGAUCGCUUUGCACGAAAAAGGUCCAGAAUUAUUGGUCUCAAUGAUCACUGGAACAGUAAAUGGAUUUGGGAUCCAGACCAUUGCCAAUACUUUAGACACAACCCAAUGGAAAAGGCUAUGCAUAUGGAGACUGUCAAUACCGAGUUUCAGUUUUGUUACGAGCUCCCCGAUGAAGACAGCAUCCAUACCAACGAAGAUGAAGAGCAUAUGCAGAAACAUGAUGAGGAUUUAGCCGAUGAUAAAGAAGAAGCAAACAGUUGGAUUCAUCCUGGACAAACCGGUCAAGACUCUCCAGAUCAUGUGCCUAGUGGUGAUCGGACUGAUGGCAUGGUGCCUCAUCAAGAGAUGAUGACCCAGCCACAGAGCUCCUCAAUAAUGGCUUUCCUCAGAUCUUCGUUCCCAUCUAUGCUCGGUCGAUCUGCUGCUGCUGCGACAGCAAAAGUAGCAAACGACAGUUCACAAGCAGAAAACCUAACUGCGAUAGCCGCUUGGGUUUUUGGACCAACUAUGCUAGGAGCUGCCGGUGUUCAGGCCUACGCGGCAAUGAAGAGUGCCAAUGCGACUGAGAGGGCUGCCAAAGCCCAAGAGUUCGCAAACCGUGCUAACGAAAGGAAACCUCAGACGACCGAUAACAGUGUUCCGCCCCCGAGCGGUGACAGGCCGGGAGGUCCUGGGAGCAGCGAAGAUGUUGCACAAUCGCCUCCAGAGGUCAAAAGACUCGCCGAAGUGAUAGGUCGACAGCAAGAGAUUCAAAGUGUUUCAGCAGCUGCAAUUACGUCUUCUGCCGCAAAUGUGGCCUCCAAGAGGGCAAAAAUUGGGGCUAACAAAACCGGAGUUCAGAAUAGUAGAUACAAAACUAUCUCUGCCUCUCCCAAGUCUUCACAACAGCCGCCUACGGCAAAUUUACCUCAGCCAGAGCCACCUACAAGCCAAAUUCGCCCGGGGUAUUCACAAAAGGCAAUAACCGAGAAACAAACCCAGUUUAAGAACGUUGCUACUGCUCAAAAGCAGAUAGCUGUACGCAAAGAGAUGAGUGAGUAUGAUAAGGCCCUUCACGCAUUGCUAGAUAGGAAACUGCAAGAUGUGCGGAAUAGGUUUUCAUGA